AUGCCGGGGAAUAGCUACACUUAUCGGUUCAACAUCACCGGCCAAGAAGGAACACUUUGGUGGCACGCCCAUGUACAAUGGCUUCGGGCAACUGUCUAUGGGGCAUUAGUCAUCCGACCAAGAGGAGAAUGGUGGAAUGCUAACCCCAUUGAUGUAGAGAAGGCUACCUUAGCCACCGGUGGCGUAGCUAACAAGUCUAUCGCUUACACCAUCAAUGGGUGGCCCGGGGAUUUAUAUUCUUGUCCUUCAAGAAGGAAAACAUAUCUGUUACGCAUAAUCAACGCCGCCCUCAACACCCAAAUGUUUUUAAAGAUAGCCAACCACAGCAUGACUAUAGUGGCGGCGGACGCAGCCUACACAAACCCAUAUCCUACAUAUGUUAUUGUAGUGGGUCCCGGUCAAACAACUGAUGUCCUAUUGACCACUAACCAGUCACUGGGAUCCUAUUACAUGGCUGUCCGUGCGUACAUUAGUGGAACCGGUCGCACUUUACAACAGCACCACCACCGCAAUCCUUACCUACCGGAACACCACCACCAUGCCGCUGCCACUUCUCCCGGACAUGCCGCCUUUCAACGACACCCCAAUCGCAUUUAA